CUCUCUCUCUGUGUGCCUGUUCUGUCUCACUCUCCCUUUUCCGCUUGUGUGAACAGGAUUGUGGAGAUCACCUUUAUUACAGCUAUCACCCUGCUGUUCCAGGGUCAGGUGAUUUUUUUUUUUCACAUGCGUGUGGCAAGUUGUGACUUUGUGAAGUGACCAUGACCCAAAGCACCGAAAUCGUCAACCUCUCUUUUUUGUCAGACAGUGAGAGAGACCUAAUUUUGCAGGUACUUCAGAGAGAUGAGGAACUCCGAAAAGCAGAAGAGAGACGAAUUAGGCGCUUGAAGGUUGAACUUCAAGAUAUACGUAGAAAAGGGGCAAAAAGGGGGAGCCAGCGCUAUAGUGAUCGGACCUGUGGCCGCUGUCAGCAGAACGUGGCCCGAGCUGUCCCCAGGGCCAAUGUUUGUCGGAGCUGCAACCACCUGGUUUGUAAAGACUGCCGAAUGGAUUCUGCCAGCGGAGGCUGGAAGUGCAAUGUCUGCUUAAAAGAAGCGGAACUUAAAAAGUCAACAGGAGAUUGGUUUUAUGACCAAAGAGUGAAUCGUUUUGCAAACCGUCUCGGGAGUGAUUUAGUGAGGAUUUCUCUCAGACGGAAACCACCAGGCAACAAAAGAGAGACCACGGCACAAACCAUCUUUGAGCAUUCACAACAGGUCAAUGAACCCAAAGCAAAGAAGAUACCGCGGAGUCCUCAAGAGCGAAAAAAGGCUUCUGGCAUGGUGACCAGUUCUCCAGAUCUCAGGGACCAGAGAAGUGAUACUGAAUCCACAGAGCAGAUGAGUCUGAAUAGUUACAAAAUUGACUCCAAGAAAAGUACUCCAUCCACUUCAAGGAAAAAUUCACUGGAAAAGCCUGGAACCCUACAGGAGCCAAAGAAAACUAGCGGGGCGAAUGUAGCUACCCUGACUGUUCCGGGGCGAUCCCGAGAUCGUCACCAGUCUGACUCUGAAGGAGAGGUCCGUCUAGGAAACCGGAGCGCUGGAUCUGCAGAUGAAAGUGAUGCAUUAUUUAAGAAGAAUCCUCGCAAAGUUUUAAAACCUUCAGAUUACAGUAAAUCUGUGAUAGAUUUGCGUCCCGGAGAGGCUCCACCUGGAGAAAGCACUUUGGUAGAUCGAAGCAAAUCUGUACCUGGGCUUAACGUGGAAACAGAAGAAGAAGAUGAAGAUAUUGAUAACCUGGUGGAAAUUCAUCGCAUGACAACUUCUAGAAGCAGUUUACGCAGUGGGACGUCCACAAGCACGUUGGGAAGCAUGAUGAGCAUCUACAGUGAGGCUGGCGACUUUGGCAACGUGGUCAUAACCGGAGAGAUAAUGUUCUCCCUAAAAUAUGAUGCUAAAGUACAGAUCUUCACCAUUCAUGUGAAAGAAUGCCGGAAUUUGGCCUACGGGGAUGAUAUAAAGAGGAGGUCCAAUCCAUACGUCAAGUCUUAUCUUCUGCCUGACAAAUCUCGCCAAGGAAAACGCAAAACCACAAUUAAACGCAGCACAACAAAUCCUUUGUUUGAUGAAACAUUGCAGUACUCCGUACCUGAAUCUACUCUGCUUAUGAGAACCCUGCAGCUCUCAGUCUGGCACCAUGAUAGAUUUGGGAGAAACACAUUCCUUGGGGAGGUGAACCUUCCCAUGGACUGCUGGAACUUUGACGGUGUGACAGAUGAAUGUCUUCCUCUGCAUGGAAAGGGAAAUGCAGAUCCAAAUUUCUCUAACGACAAAGGGGAAUUGGUCGUCUCUUUGAAGUACAUUCCGCCUUCAAAAGUCUCAAGUGGAAGCGAGAGGAGAAAAACUAAAGGAAGCGAGGGUGGAGAACUUCACGUCUGGAUUAAGGAAGCCAAAAGUUUGACGGCUGUCAAACCAGGAGGAACAUCGGACAGCUUUGUCAAGGGAUACCUGCUACCCCUUCGAAAUAAGAACACAAAAAGAAAGACCCCUAUUGUGAAGAAAACCCUUAAUCCUCAUUAUAAUCACACUAUUGUGUACAGUGGGAUCAAGCCAGAGGAUCUACAAAACAUGUGUCUUGAGCUGAGCGUGUGGGACCGGGAGCCUCUAUCUAGCAACGAGUUCUUAGGGGGAGUGAGACUGAGCAAUGGCAGCGGCUUAUUCAACGGACAACCUGUUGAUUGGAUGGAUUCCACUGGAGAGGAGCUGAAUCUCUGGAAGACUAUGAGACAGUAUCCUGGUUCCUGGGCUGAGGGCACAUUGACACUUCGUCCUACUAUGGCCAGAGUGAACCAGUGAGCACCUGGGACAUACCCGUGGCAUUGUGUUCAUCAAAUUUACAACAAAGGCAGACUUUUAAUAUUUUGCCAUUGAUCUACACAUUUUAGAUCAAUGUACAUUAAUAAUACAGUUGGGAAGAAAAACAUAAAUAUAUAUUUUAUGUCGUUAAACAGAAGUGUACAUAUUUUGUUGUUUUUGUCUGUUUAUUUUUUUUAAUGUGCAUUAUGUGCAAUAAGUCACUGGUUACUAUUACACUAGUUAUUCAUUGAGUGAUAAAAUCCAGAAGGCCAAAAAUAAUCAAGCUAUCACUCAAUGGGUUUAUCAUCUCCCCUUCACAAGUUAGACAAGGAUAUUUGUUUUGUGAAUUUUUAAUUUCCCCUCGUCAUGCCUGCUGCUAAUGAACACCUUGAAAAACAUAAAUUCUCUAGAUAUGGAUCUUCCAGUAGAAGAACAAAAUAUGACGACUUUAUUUAUAUAUAAACUUACAAACCGAAGCCUAUAUUUUUAAUUAAAUCCAGAUUUGCCAUACCUUGAUGCUUUUAACACCUAGUACAAACUAAGAACACAGCAUUUCCAAUACAUUGAUAUGACCCAAUUUAUCAUAUUCUAAUCUAGACCUACGUUCUAUCAUUCGUCCGUUUCCAUUAAUUGCUUUGUUGUGUUGGUUAUCUCCAGCUCACACUGCGAUUACCUGAAUGGACCACAAAGACCUGAUCAGGUUGGGCAAGAUCUUGCAGUCCAGCUGAUGUGCACUGCAUCCUACUGAUUGUCUAAGCAUUAAUGGAACCAUAAUCUACAGUAGUUGGCGUUCCAGCCUUAACCCCAUUUCUGAUGCUUCGUUAAACUCUUGAUGGCGAGUUAAUGGCAGGUUUCUUAUUUAAUGACAGUCCUGACUGGUAAUUUGUAAUAAACUUGUUAUCUAGUCGAGUGACCUGGAGAUGAUAACCUGUUUGGACAUCUAUCUGGCAUUGAAAAUCGCAUGUUUACUUAAAGGAACACUUUAGUGUUAGGAACACAAACCACUAUUCCUAACAUUAUAGUGCUCAAGAAGCUGUUUAGGUUUCCCAGCCCCACUGUGAAAAUAUAGGACACAUCUCUAUUGACUGCCACUAGAGGUGUUACUAGGCAGCAAUGUAAACACUGCCUUUUGUCUGAAAAGGCAGCGUUAACAUUGAAAAGCUUGCAGGGACCGAUUAUAGACCAUAGAACCAGUACAUUACGCUGUAGUGGUUCUGGUGACUAUGGUGUGCUUUAAUUGUUGGGACUAUCUUGUAUUGCCGCGUCCCAACCCCAUAUGUAGGUUCCACACACAAGUCUAUCCUUCUAAUUUGAUGAUAUUUUUAAUGAUCCACCUGCUUAGCUUUUUUUAUAUGCCAUUUAAAUUGGGUUUCAUGCAGAUCAAACCUUGCUCGAUGUGAUUUAAAUAACACUUGAGAACGCCCAACCAUUUAUCUUCCAUACUUCCUCUAUACAAUGUGUGUGCAUGUCGAUUUAACUGAUGUCUUAAGAUAAUGUAUCUGUCUAUGGUAAGACAGACUAGUUUUUGAUUAUUCAGCUUUCAGUGAACUCUCUUUUCAAAAUUGUCAAGGCUCAUGGCUGGUUAAGAAUAAUGGUAUUGGUUGAACAAAAAAUGUUUUUAAGUGCUUUGGUAAUCAAAGUCCUGCUUUAAUAAACAAUAUGGAGGAAUCCAUAACUGUGUGAUGUUCUAGAUUAAAUGAAAAAUAAACACAUGUUUUUUU